UCACGUGAUUUAGUAAAUCUUACGUACUGUCUUGAUCAACACACUUCAGACUUGACAUGGCCGUAAACGGAGUUCAUGAAGUAGAAGAGGAACACACGGAUGAACUAGAAUACAAUGAACUGAACGACGAAUUGGAUCGUCUCAACUCGUGUUUGGACGCACUGGAUAGUCAGAGCGACUCUUUGAACGCUCGAGUGAGAGAACUGCUGGAAGAGAUGCGACGGUCACGUGAGGCGGUGGCCAGUCAGGAAGAGAAAGAGCUCGAAGAGCAACAGCAACCGUCUCCAAGUGAUCAUACUCUUACUAGUUCAGAGGGCUCUGAUGAGCAAACUGAGCAAGACGUGUAACGAAAUUUGUCACACAAAGAUUUUUGAAAAUUCAAAAAUUUUGCUAAUUAAUAUUUAUAAGUUUAUUUGAUCAUGUAGUUGGCAGAUUACUAGUCAGGCGGGUAUUGUGACGGAAUGUUUAUUAUUAGAAUAUGUGAUGUGAAAUGGUGUCCGGUCAGGUGACUCGAUCAGACAACAUGCACUCACUCGAUUAGUGAUGUUAGACAUACAUACCCAAAAAUUUUUGUUCUGGCCGAAAAAUAUAAGUAGCCGAUACUUUAUUUUAAUGGCAUUUGCAGAUGAAUCCAGAAAGAAUUGAA